UGUGCAGACCUGGGUUCUUCAAAGCCUCACCUCACAGCCAGAGCUGCAGCAAAUGUCCACCUCACAGUUAUACCAAUGAGGAAGCUUCAACCUCUUGUGUCUGUGAAAAGGAUUAUUUCAGGAGGGAGUCUGAUCCACCCACAAUGGCAUGCACAAGACCCCCCUCAGCUCCUCGGAAUGCCAUCUCAAAUGUAAAUGAGACUAGUGUCUUUCUGGAAUGGAUUCCUCCUGCUGACACUGGUGGAAGGAAAGAUGUGUCAUAUUAUAUUGCAUGCAAGAAGUGCAUCUCCCAUGCAGGUGUUUGUGAGGAAUGUGGCGGUCAAGUCAGGUACCUCCCCCGACAGAUCGGCCUGAAAAACACCUCUGUCAUGAUGGUGGAUCUGCUUGCUCACACAAACUAUACCUUUGAGAUUGAGGCAGUGAAUGGAGUGUCCAGCUUGAGCCCAGGAAUCCGGCAGUAUGUGUCUGUAAAUGUAACCACAAAUCAAGCAGCUCCUUCUCCAGUCACCAUUGUGAAAAAAGGGAAGAUCGCAAAAAACAGCAUUUCUUUGUCUUGGCAAGAGCCAGAUAGACCAAAUGGAAUAAUCUUGGAGUAUGAAAUAAAAUAUUUUGAGAAGGACCAGGAGACCAGCUAUACAAUUAUCAAAUCAAAAGAGACCACUAUUACUGCAGAGGGCCUGAAACCAGCUUCCGUAUAUGUCUUCCAAAUUCGAGCACGCACAGCAGCAGGCUAUGGUGUCUUCAGUCGAAGAUUUGAGUUUGAAACCACCCCAGUGUUUGCAGCAUCCAGCGAUGAAAGCCAGAUUCCUAUAAUUGCUGUGUCUGUGACAGUGGGAGUCAUUUUGUUGGCAGUGGUUAUCGGCUUCCUCCUCAGUGGCAGUUGCUGCGAAUGUGGCUGUGGGAGGGCUUCUUCCCUGUGCGCUGUUGCCCAUCCAAGCCUAAUAUGGCGGUGUGGUUACAGCAAAGCAAAGCAAGAUCCAGAAGAGGAAAAGAUGCAUUUUCAUAAUGGGCACAUUAAACUGCCAGGAGUAAGAACUUAUAUUGAUCCACAUACCUAUGAGGACCCCAAUCAAGCUGUCCAUGAAUUUGCCAAGGAGAUAGAAGCUUCAUGUAUCACCAUUGAAAGAGUUAUUGGAGCAGGUGAAUUUGGUGAAGUUUGUAGUGGGCGUUUGAAACUUCCCGGAAAAAGAGAAUUACCUGUGGCUAUCAAAACUCUUAAAGUGGGCUACACUGAAAAGCAACGGAGAGAUUUCCUGGGUGAAGCCAGUAUUAUGGGGCAGUUUGAUCAUCCUAAUAUUAUCCACUUAGAAGGUGUUGUAACCAAAAGUAAACCAGUAAUGAUAGUGACAGAGUAUAUGGAAAAUGGCUCUUUAGACACAUUUUUAAAGAAAAACGAUGGACAGUUCACUGUAAUUCAGCUUGUUGGCAUGCUGAGAGGCAUCGCUGCCGGAAUGAAGUACCUUUCUGACAUGGGCUACGUACAUAGAGACCUUGCUGCCAGAAACAUCUUAAUCAACAGUAACCUUGUGUGCAAAGUGUCUGACUUUGGACUUUCCAGAGUACUGGAAGAUGAUCCUGAGGCAGCCUACACCACAAGGGGAGGAAAGAUUCCAAUCAGAUGGACUGCUCCAGAAGCUAUAGCUUUUCGCAAGUUUACCUCCGCCAGUGAUGUCUGGAGCUAUGGGAUCGUGAUGUGGGAAGUUGUGUCUUACGGUGAGAGACCCUAUUGGGAAAUGACCAAUCAAGAUGUAAUUAAAGCGGUAGAAGAAGGCUACCGUCUGCCAAGUCCUAUGGACUGUCCUGCUGCUCUCUACCAAUUAAUGCUGGAUUGCUGGCAGAAAGAUCGAAAUAGCAGGCCCAAGUUUGAGGAAAUAGUAAAUAUGUUGGACAAGCUGAUCCGCAACCCAAGCAGCUUGAAGACACUUGUUAAUGCAUCAAGCAGGGUGUCUAAUUUAUUGUCAGACCAUGGGCCUUUGGGAUCUGGGGCAUACAGAUCAGUAGGUGAAUGGUUAGAAGCAAUCAAAAUGGGCCGAUACACCGAGCUUUUCAUGGAAAAUGGAUACAGUUCAAUGGACGCUGUGGCUCAGGUGACCUUGGAGGAUUUGAGACGACUUGGAGUGACUCUUGUCGGUCACCAGAAGAAGAUCAUGAACAGCCUUCAAGAAAUGAAGGUGCAACUGAUAAACGGAAUGGUGCCAUUGUAA